ACAUAUGCAUCUUCUUGAGUUUAAAGAGUUUGAGGAAGCACAUGGUUUCUCUAUUGCAGUAGUAAUGUGCUGAGGAAUAUAGGGCAGCAUCAUUUUAGAAACUGGCCGGUUAAACCCCAAAACUUUGAGUCCCCUUGCUAGAGGCGUUGUAACAAGAAACAGGGUGUAAAUGACAAUAUUGUUUUUUACUAUAUUUAAUAUUUAUAAUGUUCGAUUCACCCAUUUUGUAACUGAACCCUAUUAUCCUCUUCUCUUUAAAUUCCCCACAACAAAACGUGCUUUAGUCGAACUUAUUGUGAAACUAAAGUGGCUAUGCAGCAUACUAUGGUCAACAAAAACGAUUUCCUUACUUGCAUGCGUCGUUUCACCAAUAAAUGAAAUUCAUAUUUGAUGAGGACUGGCAUUCCAAUGUGCAAAUAGCUUUUCUGACAUGCUGUGUUUCAAUUCGAAUACUCCUAAUAUGUAAGUUGGAGUUUAUGCUGAGAAUUUAUGGCUUUCUAGCUGCUUCUGAUUCGAGCAUGCUCCAUAUUACCUUAAUAGCUGUUUGGUUAUACAUAAUAAGAUUUCUUCAAUCAAACUGUCCUUUCUCUAAUACUAAUAUACAUACAUGCAUGCAUCUUAUAUAUCUACAUUCAAACUUGAGACGUACUAAUCUUUUUUUAUAAUUUCUCUCUGUUCGUUGAUGGAAAAUGAGUGCGGAAAUGGCCAUUAUGUGUUAAUGUCAGAUUUCCAGGUAAUCCAUUCUUGUUGAUUGUUUUGUACAGCAUGAGUUUGCAUGUGUUUUGAGGUGAAGGAAUUGUGGGCUUAGUCACAUGUUUAAUUCGCAGUAUCACGCUUUUUCACUUCCACAUAAUUGCAUCUCCAGUUCUCCAUGCUGUAUGCUGCUAAGGAAUGUAUGAUCCUUCACGAUCUAAACAUAUUUUAAUUAUUUAAAGAAAUUUGUUGUAGGUUGAAUCAAUUAAUAGACUACUAGUAUUCGUUUAAUAGUACUAAUAAAAAUCUAUAGUACUAAAUGUUAUUGUGAGUAGAUUGAUUAUAGUAGUAAUAGAUAUCACACCUUUAACAAAUAACCGAUUUUUCAUUCGGCAGCCUAUCUACAAGGCAUGAUAUUAGGAGAGUCAAUUGACGUCCACCGUCAGCCAAUGAAUAACCCUCUAAAGGGAAGAUACAUUUACUUCUCAUUACAAUUCCAUUUUCAUUUGUCAACCCAUACAUAGUUCUACAAAUCAGUCCUGUUUUUUUGUAAAAUGGCCGCAAAGAAUUAUUCACAUUCCUUCCUGUGUUUUAGAAUUUAGAGCAGAAACCUCUUUCAAAAACUCUCUCCACACACACACACAUACUAUUCAAGAAUCUUGAGUGAUGAGUUUUGAUUAAGCGCUAAUCAUUGAGGGAAAACAUGAAAGGGCAUGAGGAUAAGUUGAUGAAAAUAUUUUGGCUAAGGCCUGCGUUCAAGAGAUAUUCACUGAGGUCGCCCUCGUGGGCAUCCUUUAACAAGACACUCUGUUCAUCAUAUUCCCUUCUCCCAUUCCUCAUCUUCUUCCUGCUCGUUGUUGCUCUUCUCGUCCUCACUGGCCAGGUCGACCUCGGAAACUAUGUAAGUUAUUCUUACAUAAGGAGCUCGCGCGAAAAUAGCAUCGAUGGACUGGACUGUGCGGCGUGGAACUAUACCAAGUCCUGCCCGAGAUACUACCCGGUCAGACGCCAACCGUCUGCAAAUCCCCCUCCGACCUGCCCGGACUAUUUCCGAUGGAUCCACGAGGACCUCCGCCACUGGAGACAGACCGGAGUCACGAAAGACAUGGUGGAGAAAGCGCGGGAGACGGCGCAUUUCCGCCUCACCAUCCUCGACGGCAAAGUCUACGUGGAGAAUUUCCGCCAGUCCAUCCAGACGCGGGCUCUGUUCACGGUGUGGGGGAUCGCGCAGCUCGCUCGGACCUAUCCGGGGAGGUUGCCGGACCUGGAGCUAAUGUUCGACUGCGAUGAUCGCCCUGUAGUGGAGGCCGAGCGGUUCGGGGUGCCGGACUCCUCCCCGCCCCCUUUGUUCCGCUACUGUUCGGAUUGGCGCAGCUUGGAUAUCGUCUUCCCCGACUGGUCGUUUUGGGGAUGGGCGGAGACGAACAUAAAGCCAUGGAGAAGUGUGUUGAAGGAUAUAAAAGAAGGAAACAAGAAGGCGAAAUGGGAGGACAGAGAGCCGUAUGCGUAUUGGAAGGGAAACCCCGAUGUCUGCCCAUGGAGGGCUGACCUUAUGAAGUGCAAUGCCACUCCUCAAACUGACUGGAACGCUCGUCUUUAUGUUCAGAACUGGAUUGCAGAGUCCCAACAAGGAUACAAGCAAUCAAAUCUUGGAAACCAAUGCACCCACAGGUACAAAAUCUACAUAGAAGGGUGGGCAUGGUCGGUGAGCGAGAAGUACAUCUUUGCCUGCGACUCCCCCGUCUUGCUCAAUACGCUGCGUUGGCAUGAUUUCUUCAUAAGAGGCAUGGUUCCUCAGCACCACUACUGGCCCGUGAGGGAUGAUGACAAAUGCAGGUCUCUCAAAUUUGCAGUCGAAUGGGGAAACAACCAUACGAAAAUGGCCAAGUCCAUUGGUGAAGCCGGGAGCCGCUUCAUCCACGAGGAUUUAAAGAUGGAGUACGUUUAUGAUUAUAUGUUCCAUCUUCUCAACGAGUACGGGAAGCUGAUGAAGUACAAGCCCUCUGUUCCUGCUGGCGCAGUUGAGCUGUGCCCGGAGUCAGUGGCCUGCGCUGCUCGAGGGAUCUGGCGGAAGUUCAUGGAGGAAUCCUUGGAGAAGGGGCCUAGUGAGUCGGAUCCGUGCACGAUGCAACCACCUUACAAUCCUCAAGAAAUCCUAGCCUUCAAUGAAGGGAAGAUCAAGAGGACUAAACAAGUGGAGGCGUGGGAGAAUCAGUAUUGGGGCAGACAGAAGAGGAAGAAGCAGCGAUUAUAAGCAAACUGUUUUCAGUUACUUUUGAGAACUUUGUUAUACUGUUUUAAGGUAGAAGUUGCUGUCUUUUCUAUUGUCUUAUUCUCUUUUAAAACUAUUG